AUGGAGAAGGGGCAGGACAUAGCGGCAUCCGGCGGUGAGAAAGGUUCAGAGCAGCACGCCAUUGAUGUAGUUCCCAUAGAGGUAGAGCAUGGCGACGGCAAGGGCGUCGUCCACGCCGGAGCCGGAGAUGACACCGAGAAGGAGAGACUGGUCGUUGUUGAGGAGCCCCAGAAGAAGAAGAGCACGAGGGUGGCAGCUCUCGAUGCCUUCAGAGGGCUCACCAUUGUGCUGAUGGUACUGGUGGACGAUGCCGGUGGGGCUUACGAGCGGAUGGACCACUCGCCAUGGAACGGUUGCACUCUGGCAGACUUUGUCAUGCCCUUCUUCCUCUUCAUCGUCGGUGUCGCAAUCGCCUUUGCCAUGAAGAGGGUUCCAAACAUGGGUGCCGCUGUGAAGAAGGUCAGCGUCAGAACACUAAAAAUGCUCUUCUGGGGCCUGCUACUGCAAGGUGGAUACUCUCACGCUCCGGACGACCUUGCUUAUGGAGUGGACAUGAAGGUGAUAAGAUGGUGUGGCAUCCUCCAGAGGAUAGCUUUGGUGUACUUCGUGGUUGCCCUCAUAGAGGUGUUCACCAUAAAGGUGCGGCCUGUCACCGUCCGUUCCGGUCCUUACGCCAUCUUCCAUGCCUACCGGUGGUUAGGCGGAUUCAUCGUGUUCAUCGUAUACAUGGUCACGACGUUCUCGCUUUAUGUUCCAGAUUGGAGCUAUGUGUACCAUUCAGAUGGCGAUGCCAAUGAUGGGAAGCGGUUUACGGUACAAUGUGGUGUAAGGGGUCACCUGGACCCGGCUUGCAAUGCAGUGGGUCAUGUUGACAGGGUGGUCUGGGGGAUUAAUCAUCUCUACUCGCAGCCCGUCUGGAUCCGGACUAAGGAUUGUACAUUUAGCUCACCCGAAUCAGGUCCUCUCCGUGCCGAUGCUCCAUCAUGGUGUCUUGCGCCAUUCGAACCAGAAGGAUUGUUAAGUUCAAUAUCGUCGAUUCUAUCAGGGACAAUUGGAAUCCACUAUGGCCAUGUUCUAAUCCAUUUCAAGACCCAUAAGGAGAGACUGAAACACUGGCUUUCAAUGGGCUUUUCACUCCUCUUGCUCGGCAUUCUCCUUCACUUCACAAAAGCUAUUCCAAUCAAUAAGCAACUCUACAGUAUCAGUUACGUUUGCUUCACUGCCGGCGCGGCUGGAAUAGUUCUUUCAGCUUUCUACAUGCUGAUUGAUGUCUGGGGCCUGAGAGUACCAUUCUUGUUCCUCGAGUGGAUCGGCAUGAACGCCAUGCUUGUGUACGUCCUAGCGGCACAGGGCAUAUUUGCAGCUUUCGUGAACGGAUGGUACUAUGAGUCACAAGAUAAAACCCUUGUUAACUGGAUCCAAAAGCAUGUGUUUGUCAAUGUAUGGCAUUCAGAAAGGCUGGGAACUCUGCUGUACGUCAUAUUUGGAGAGAUCCUCUUCUGGGGUGUUGUCUCUGGCAUCUUGCACAAGCUGGGGAUUUACUGGAAACUAUGAGAUUUCUAGAUGAA